GGUUUAAACUUGAAACUUUCAUUAUCCCUCCUGAUAAAAUCAUCAGAAAAUUCAAAUAGAAUCUGUUUCCUUCACUGCUGCUGAACAUACUACUAUGUAUAACCUACAUUAUUCGGUGAAGCCUUGUCAAAAUAAACCCCUUCAAUAUAAAUUUGACAAAAGAUACCAGGAUGCCCAUUUAAAGGCGUUAGCUAAAAUGAAAUCGACAGUGGAUACAACUGCACCAAAAACAUUUCAGAUUAUUCAUUUAAAUUCUAAAAAAGACAGAAUUGAAAAAGAAAAUUUCAAAAGAAUAACAGAAGAAAAUAACCGACUUUUGAAGAGGAUGCAUGAAAUUCAGAAACAUGGUAUUAUGUGCAAUGAAAAUGAUCAGUAUAUAGAAAAAAGCUUAAAUGAAGAACAAAGACUGAAAGAAGUCAAGCGAGUAACUCAAGAAAAUAAAGAAAUUCUUAAAAGGCUGAAGAAUUCAAAAAACUUAUAUAAUCGAGAGAAUUGGGAACAUGAUUGGGCGAAUACUCUUAAAUACAUGACUAACAUAUCAAAAUUUACUAUGUAUCAUCGAAAAUCAGUUUCAAAAAAGAAGGGUCAACUAACUGAAGAUGGAAAAUUGCGGGAAAAAAAUAAUGAAUAAUCAGUCAAUUAACAGUUGGUUGUAUUGCCUUAUUUUAACUGUUAAAAUUACAUGAAAAUUUAUUAGAAAACUUCACUUAUUAUAAGAGUAUUAUCAAUCCUGUUUCGCAAUGACUUUUAACUAGAUAGCAAC